AUGGAAUCUGAGAAGAAUGAUCAAGUUUCUGAUUUAGCAACAAGAUUUAAGAAAGCCGGUCUUGAGAUUGACAAUGAAGAAGAAACAGAAAAUCCCUUACCUGAAGAUGCAACACUAACAGAAGUUGAAGGAGAAUGGGACCAUUGUCUCAUUGGUAUGAUCAUUAUGGAAGGAAAAAUAGGAUACAAAGUUGUGCAGAAACAUGUAAAGUUUACAUGGUCUCAUAUCCCUGAAGGUGAAGUGAAAGUAGUGGAAAUUGAAGAUAACAUUAUGUGUUUUUGGCUGCAACUCAAAAAACUCUUACCUGAGUACAUGAAUCCUAUAUCAGUAACAAAGAUAGGAAAACUGAUGGGAGAGGUUAUUGAUAUUGAACCCAAGGAUGCUAUUCCAUUAGAUAAAGAUGGUGUUAAAAAAUGUGACUGGGAAGAAAAAGUCUGGAGAAGAAGACUCAGCUACAAAUAUCCUUAUCAUGCAGAAACAAAGGACUCCCCUUUUGUCCCUCCAAAAGAUGGAAUCAUGAUUAGACUUGUGGUUAACAUUUCAACACAAGAUAAAGAAGACAACAACUCAGCAAGAUUAGGCAAAAGACUUAGGAUCUCAGAUACUCAAGACCCUAAGGAAAAUAUGACAACCAAUGUCCUUCUUACCUCUCAUCCUCCUGCUCAUGAUGGUAAACCAAUGGAAACACCAGCUACAGACAGAGUCACACGCAAAGAGAAGCAACCUAAGAACACUUUAGGGGUGAACAAGAUCACCAAUAUUGAAACUCAAUUAUUUGUUCUUACCAUUAGGGGUACUAAUCAUAAUACUAGAAGGAUAGAAGAGUUAACUACUGAGUUAAAACAUUGGUAUGACAUAGAAUCUGAAUUCUGGAGACAAAAAGGCAAAGAUGAUGCUCUUCUUUUGGAUGACAGAAACACUGCUUACUUUCACCAAAAGGCCAAUUUUAGAAAGAAAAGAACCCAGAUAGAAUGUUUGAAAUCUGAUCUUGGAAUUUGGCUAGAUGAGAGGCAUGAUAUUGAAAAUGAACUUGUAAGACACUUUAGUAACAUGAGAAAAACUUCUAACCCUCCUAGAUCAUAUGAUUAUCCCAACAAUAUGGAUGUUAAAAUUAGUGAUACUGAUAAUGCCAUGUUGAUUGCUAUCCCCAAUGCUGAUGAGGUUAGAAAAAUUGUCUUUGAUAUGAAACCUUGGACCACUCCAAGUCCUGAUGGUUUCCCACCUGGUUUUUAUCAACUAAUGUGGGAAACUGUAGGCAAUGAUGUAGUAAAAAUGGUUCAGGAUUUCUUCCACUCUCAUCACCUGCUAAAACAAUUGAACCAUAAUUUUACUACUCUUAUUCCUAAAAACAAUUGUCCUAAAAGUGCAGUGGAUUUCAGACCAAUAAGUAUGUGUAAUGUGUCUUAUAAGAUCAUCUCAAAAUUGUUUGCUUCUAGGCUUAAAUGUGUGCUGCAUAAGAUAAUAUCUCCUGCUCAAACUGCUUUUUUGUCUGACAUGUCAAAAGCUUUUGACAGAGUAGAAUGGUUUUUUCUUAUUGAUAAUCUUAAGAAGCUUGGUUUCUCAAAUGAAUGGUGCAACAUGAUAGAACAAUGUGUUACUAUUAUCUCCACAUCUAUCAUUCUCAAUGGAGCUCCAGGUGAUGUUUAUUUACCUCAAAGAGGGCUCAGGCAGGGUGAUCCUCUAUCACCCUACUUAUUCAUUCUUUAUGACUGCCUCAUUUUCAUAAAAGCUAGGAAUAAAGAUGCUAGGAAUCUGUCUACUUUGAUAGAACAAUUCAGCAAAUUCUCAGGGAAGGCAGUAAACUUUGAUAAAUCAGCUUUAACUUUUAGCAGUAAGGUCCCAACCUCAGUCAAGAAUGACAUAGCAAACAUACUCAGAAUUAAGAGAAUGUCACUUAAUGAAAAAAGCAUAGGUGUACCUUUACUUCUUCAAAAAAGAAAAUAUGAUUCCUUUGUUCAUCUGUUAGACAGCUUUAAAGGUAGACUUGAUAUUUGGCGAGCCAUCUUCUUAGCUGCUCCAGGAAAAACUGUCAUGACUCGAUCUGUUUUAGGAAGUCUUGCUAGCCACCACUUAGUUGUCUUUCCUAUGCCUAAAGAACUCACUGAAAAAAUGGAUAAGAUACAGAUGAACCUCUGGUGGGGGAAAAAGGAAAACCAAAAAGGAUAUUAUCCUAAGGGAUGGGAUGACAUUGCUCUCCCUAAGAAUUUAGGAGGUCUUAACAUAAGGAAAACAUACUUGACAAACUCAGCCUUACUUGCUAAACUUGCUUGGAAGAUGAUUAACAAUCCUGAGGAACCUUGGCCAGAAAUCUUCAGAGAAAAAUAUUUUUAUGGUGCUAAUCCUUUGACUAGCAGUAUUUGCAAGCAGGACAGCUGGAUUUGGCAAGGGAUCUGCACAGGUUUGAAUAUUGUAAAAAGAUACUAUGUUUGGGAGAUUGGUGAUGGAAAGUCUGUAAAUAUUUUAAAAGACACUUGGAUUCCAAAUAUGCACAGACCUCCCAAUAACCAUUUCUACUCAAGUAAUAUGUCCACUGUUAGCCAACUUAUUGGUAAUGAUAGUAAAAAUUGGAAUACUGACUGCCUAAAUGCUUUGUUUGAUGAACAAACUGUUAAAGAAAUUACUAACAUCAUAAUUCCAAUUACAGGAAGUGAUAAACUUAGAUGGGAGCCUUCCAGCAAUAGAAAUUUCACCAUCAAGUCUUCCUACAAUGUUCUUUUGAAUGAACAGAUAGCUUCUAAGCCUACAAAAAACAACUUAUUUUUAAUUGGAAAUCAUUCUGGAAACACAAAUUGCCUCCUAGGGUUCAGCAUUUUAUGUGGAAAUUUUUACAUAAGUGUAUAUCAACUAAAUCUAGGCUUUCUAGGUUUACUAGACAUCAUGAUAACACUUGUUCUCUAUGCAAUGAAUAAGGACUUGUAUCAAUGGGUUAGAAAUUUCUUUUCUUGUUCAGUCACUACUGUGCAACAUGAUUUUAAGAUGUAUGAGGAAGUUAGUUUUAUCUUAUGGACAAUCUGGAAGGCUAGACGCGCAAAUUUUUUUGAUAAUAAAUCUUUCAGCAGUAAUGAACUGUGUAGCAGCAUUAUUCUGCAGAUCAAUGAUUGGAUCAGAAUUGGAGAUAGUCAAUCUGAUAACAUUACUGUAUCCAAUGGGAUCAGUAAAAUAUGGAAUCCUUCAGCAAAUGAUGUCUAUAAAAUAAAUUUUGAUGCUUCACAUAUAAAUAAAAAUGUAUUGUCAUGCUGGGGUCUAAUUUGUAGAGAUUUUGCAGGCAUCAGCUAUGGAUUGCGAGGAGGUGCAUCUCUAGCUGUAGAUCCGGAGCAAGAUGAAGCACAAUCACUGCUGGAAGCGGUUCAAUGGGCGCAAAGGAAUGGUUGGAGGAAGAUACAUCUGGAGGGUGACUGCUCAAAUGUGAUAUUAGCUAUUAAUGAAAAGACAACAACAAUAAAAUGGACAACACAAAAUCUAGUCCAAGAUUCUCUUAAUAUUCUUAGCUCUUUUGAGUUUUGGGUUUGCACCUAUGCACACAGAGAUGCAAAUCACAUAGCAGAUUCUCUAGAAAAAUAUGCAAGAACUCAGUCUAUUUGCUUUAGUUGGUUAAAUAAUGAGCCUUCUUGGAUUAAAACAUUGAUCCAGCAUGAUCAAAACUCUAUGUAA